AUGGCGAUGAGGUACCCUAUCGCGAGGGCUCUGAGAAGACCUCAGAGUGCUCUUUGGAAGAGGUGCUUACCAACCCCUGCGAUAUCGGCGUUACAAAGUCCUCGCUGCAUUUCAACUGCAGAAGAAAAUAAAGAUGUGCCAAAGCCUGCCGUCAAAUUCACUUCCGAAACAUACCCAAGCAUCCAAAGGGACUCGCGCUUUGCCCAAGUUACUCCGGAACAUGUAAGCUACUUUAAAAAGCUUUUGGGCAGCAGCUCUGCCGUAAUUGAUGCCGUCACCAACGAAGGCGCGAGCGAGGACGUCGAGGCCUACAACAGUGAUUGGAUGCGCAAGUAUCGGGGCCACUGCAAGUUGGUACUGAAGCCGGCAUCUGCCGAGGAAGUCAGCAAGAUCCUCAAAUACUGUAACGAAAACAAGCUUGCCGUGGUGCCCCAGGGAGGAAACACCGGGCUCGUUGGCGGUUCCGUGCCGGUUUUUGACGAGAUAGUGAUCAACCUAAGCCGCAUGAACAAGGUGCGCGAUUUUGAUGAGGUCAGCGGCACACUAGUAGCCGAUGCGGGAUGUAUCCUCGAAGUUGUAGACCAAUACCUGGCCGAAAGAGGAUGUAUUUUCCCGCUUGACCUGGGAGCAAAGGGGUCCUGUCAAAUCGGAGGGAAUGUUUCCACCAACGCUGGCGGGCUACGGCUCCUGCGCUACGGCAGUCUACACGGAUCUGUCCUUGGCCUUGAGGUGGUACUUCCUGACGGCACAAUCUUGAACGACCUCUGCAAGCUACGGAAGAACAACACCGGUUAUGAUCUCAAGCAACUGUUUAUCGGAGCUGAGGGUUCGAUCGGCAUCGUUACCGGCAUUUCGAUACAAUGUCCUCAGAGGCCUCAAGCAGUCAAUGUUGCCUUCUUGGGGCUUGAGUCGUAUGAGAAGGCACAGCAGGCCUUUCGCGCAGCUAAGGGCCAGCUCUCGGAGAUUCUUUCCGCAUUCGAGCUCAUGGAUGGCACAAGUCAAAACUUGGUGCGGGAUGUGACCAAGAACAAGAAGCCGCUCGAUGGCGAAUACCCGUUCUACUGCUUGAUCGAGACCAGCGGCUCCAACACUGAGCACGACAGUGCCAAGCUGGAAACUUUCCUCGAGAGUGUCAUGGAGAAGGAAAUUGUAUCGGACGGUGUGGUUGCGCAAGAUGAAACUCAAAUCAAGUCGCUGUGGGCAUGGCGUGAAGGAAUCGCCGAGGUCUCUGGCCACUUUGGCGGUGUGUACAAGUACGAUGUAUCCAUCCCCCUCAAGGAAAUGUAUCAGCUUGUCGAGGACACAAAGGUGCGUAUCGAGGAAGCAGGUCUGCUCGGUGACACCAACGAUCAUCCGGUUGUGGCUGUCACGGGUUAUGGACACAUGGGUGAUUCGAAUCUUCACCUCAACGUCUGUGUGAGGCGCUAUGACAAGAAGGUGGAGAGCGUCCUGGAGCCAUUCGUUUACGAAUGGAUUGCCAAACGGGAAGGUAGCAUCAGCGCAGAGCAUGGUCUGGGGCUGGCCAAGAAGAACUACAUAGGAUACAGCCGGACCGAAGGCAUGGUUGGGCUCAUGAAGCACAUCAAGACUCUUUACGACCCGAAUGGUAUCAUGAACCCUUAUAAGUACAUAUAG